AUGUGCGAUUGGAUGGGCAAGAUUGAGGACGAGACGCCGUUAGAAUCCGUCAAUAUUCCUGGCACACAUGAUACAGCUACAUGGAACUACACACAAGAAGUUCAAGAUCGUUACCUUGACAUUACGACCCAAGGAAUCGGCCCUGCCAUCAUGUAUCAGUGUCAAGAUCAAAGCAUCUUCUCCGCCCUCAAUCAUGGGAUUCGAGCAUUUGAUCUUCGUAUAGGGCUAUCACCACUGGAUAACACGAGUAUCAUCUUCUACCACGGUUCCGCUAUCAUGAGCCUUGAAGCGACCUUGGAAGACGUGUUCUACGGAUACUACAAGUUCCUAGACGAUAAUCCAUCAGAGACGAUCGUGGUGUCCAUCAAAGUUGAUAAUACCACCUGGGGUACACCUGAAAAGCUGGAAUCAGAAGUCUACAACCUCAUCUUCUCAGAGCCCGCUUCGUCGUACUUCGUGCAAUUGAAUGGCUCACUCCCUACAAUUGGCGAGGCCAGGGGGAAGAUGGUCCUUCUGAGACGAUACGAUGAUUCAAAACUCCCUCUUAACGACACCAAGGAGAUUGGUCUGGCUGUCCCUCCCAACGUUUGGUUGGACAACGUCGCCAACUUUAGUAUUGAGUACGCCUCAUCAAAGUUUGCCUAUAUUGAGGACUACUACGAGAUUGGAGGUCCGGAUACUGUCGACAGCUAUAUCACAUGGAAGUACAAUGCGACGACUGCGCAUCUUAUCUAUGCGGGUCAGAAGCAUAUGGACAGUCUCUUUAUCACAUUUGCAUCUGCAGAAAAGGAUAGCGAGAGUGUUUGGCCGAGGAUCAUUGCUCUGGGUAAUGGGACGGCAAGAGGUGUCAACCAACGGCUCACGCCUUGGUUAAAAGAACGAUCUGGCCAGCGUAGAGGACUAGUCUUCUUGGACUGGUGGAAGCAGGUGCCGGGGCUGGUAGAAUCUGUCAUAGAUCUGUGA